AUGCCUCAAUACCAGUCUACCUUUGUUCUGGCCAUCCUUGCCGCCACUUUGGUUACUGGGCGUGGGGCCAAUGACUGGUCCAAACCAUGCUUUAAUGGCGAAUGUGCAUAUGAUAUUCCGACAAAAGGACAAUCGGCCUCCAUCAGAUUGAUCGGUGCACCCCACGCUAUCUCAGAUAUCACACCUGCUGCAGGAUGGGUCAUACUCGACUGUGAUGCAAAUUCGAUGGCGCAAGACAUUCGUCUUGUAUGUAACUCCGACGAUGCGGAAGCCGCUGGUUGUAGGUCUGUAUUAGACCCAUAUACGCUGUUAGACGAGAAAUUCACCCCUUUUGGUAAGCCAUCUCUUCGACAGCGCCGGACCCGUCCACAAUGUGGAUCUGAGCCAUUCGCCCGCGUCGCCAACCUCCGGGUUCAUGAAAACCAGUCGAUCCCCGAACAUGCUGCAUCAAAGAUCUCGCGCCGUGACGGAACAGCGCCUCAAGUCUUUGCUAUCAGCAUCGAUGACGAUUUCCCGAGCAUUGAUGUAACCAAGUACGGCCAAGUCCUCGCAGUUGCCGUUGGCACCAAUGUCGCGGGUGUAGACACCGAUUUCUCCGUCCCACGGAGUAUCAUCAGUCAGGUUGGCGCGGAUCAAUGGAGUGCACAAGCGGUAAAGGACGUCACCGAAAACGCAAUCAAAACCGUCAAGGCCAUCCUAGAUCCCUACUACGCCGCCAAACCUGACGGCGAGGUUGAUGUAAAGAAAUUGUUGUUUUGGGAAGAGACUGAUGGCACAAGAAGCGACGGUGGAUUCAAAUGGGGCUCAAAGACGAGGAAUUAUACGCUCUCUUGGGCGGAAGACAAAACAUUAGCUGGAUGCAACGAUCUAGCUUUCACAGCGGAAAUUAAUGCCAGGGUGGAUAACAAAGCGUAUGGUAGUGCGGCCUUCUUCAGUGCGGCAGCGGUCGUGGACUUGACCUUCUCGUCGAUCAAGGCAAUGGCAAGCAAUCUUGUCGACUUCUCCGCACACUUCGAGCACCAUCUGACUUUAGCCCUCUCGUUGGAGGGGACAUUUGAAAAAUCCUUUACUGUGUUAGAACCAGUGGCGAUCCCUGAUGCGGGGGUUGAUCUCAAGUAUCUAGCUGCUGGUCUUAUGUUCGGCAUCGACGGAGAAUUCCAUACAUCUGCUCGAGUCGGUCUCGAACUCAAGACAGGCUUUAAGUGGGGCAUCGAUAGAGCUGUUAUCUCCAUCCCAAGUACUGAACAAUCAACACCAUAUGCUCGAGACGGAUACUUCGACUUGAGCAUCAGCGAAGAUGAAGACGGCAACAAAGCGACGGGUGAAAUCGGCUUUUCUAUCACUCCAAAACUCAUCCUCGGCGCUGAAGGCAAGGGCAAACUUUCCAACGUCAAGGUUUCUGGGAACGUUGGGUUGAGAGCUGGUGCUGGUCUUACGGUUGGGGUAACGGGGCCUCCCAGCGGCAAUUCGGAUUGGUAUUGCGCGAAGCUUAAUGGGUUCAUCGAGGGUGUUGCUGGACUCGACUUUAAGCAUCCCAUUGCUCUCAUACCAAAUUGGGAGACGGAAUAUUCGUUGUUCAGGAAGGAUCUGGAACUCUUCACGCAUGGGAACUGCCCAGUGCCAAAGCAAGAGAGGAGGAGUUUAGCUGGGUUGUUGCGACCUCGGUCUUCAAUCAAGUCCCUCAUCGAGCAGCUAAAGAAUGGGCUGCUGUGCCCUAAGAGAGAUAUUAGCAAGGUGACUAAGGCUGACGCAAAGAGCGGCUUGGAUUCUUCAACCAUGAAGAUGAAGAAUUCAAAAUGA